AUGUCAGGUCAGUCACAACGUGGGAAGGCGAAAUCUUUGAGAGCUCGAAAUCAGCGUAUGUCAAUGCCCCCUAUUAAUCCUUUGCGUGUGGCGCAUGCUCAGAAUGCCUCAAAUGACAACUUGGGGAUAUACGCGAACCCCAGACUAACGUAUAUUCUUGGACGCCAUGUUAUUGGAAAUGUGGGGGAAAUCAUUACUAUUGAAGACGACCAUGUUCACGGUGUGAUAAAGGCUAUUUCUCCUUCCGCUGACCUCGGUAUAACGUACGCUCAAGUUGCACAAAAAAAUGACAAAAGUAGUCGUAAAAACGUGUCUGACAAAACCAUUCUCUGGACAGAAAUUAAAAUGGUUCAGAUAUCUAACGUUAAAAGGUUGGACUGCCUAGUCGAUGAUAUAAAAACGGACAGUGAGAUCGCCAAAGACUGUUCAACUAACAACUUUGUGGAAGACAAGGAGCUCGUGCCGUUUUUUGCCUCGUCUGAUGUUGUUAAAGACUGUUUACUUGAUCAAGGAAGCUUUUCUGCGAUGGAAAUGUUUGAGACGAAUGAAAAAAUGUUUUCUGUCGUUUCCACGUAUAAUGACGAUCUCCGAGAGUAUACGACACCUGUUGACAGGUCUGCUCCAAAUUUCUCUGAAACCGAAGCGCGGUGUGCAAAACUGGCGCAAGACAUCACAGAAAAUUCUUCAUGUAUUAGUUUAGUUGACAAUGAAGAUAUUGGGAUGGAAAAUGAGGAGGAAAAGUAUAGUGCUGUUAGACGCAACGGGACAGUCCAGAAUUCGAUGCGGAAUGCGAAAAGCAAUUCCCGAACAAAUCUAGCUCCUGCAGAAACUCAAGUCAAUUGCCUUGGCAGUCAACUGUCUCAGGUAUGUAUUCAGUCAAGUAAGCCCAGUCACACCGAAGCUGUUCGUGUGAGCAUAUCUGUUGGGGAUGCACUAAAGUCAGACGUUGUUCCACAAGUUAAUGGAAUAUCUAAAACCAGCCCCCAAGCCGAUAAAGAUAAGGUCAAACUAUGUCACGACCAACCUACUAAAGUGUCUACACCUACUUGCGUGUGCACGUCAGCACCUCCUGUAAAAACCAAUGUUGUUGAUGUACCUGUGUCGUCUGUUAGUAAAUCAAGCAGUACUGAAGAGCGUGUUAAGAAGUCAACACUCGAUCCCAACGCUCCUGAGUUCCAGCCUAUGGGUUUGUCUUAUACUUCACAUUCUGUUGCUACUAUGCCUCCUACUCUUCAACCCAGUUUACCUACUCUAAACAUGCCUAUUCCACAUUACGUAUCAACGGUAAACGUUAUUUCUCAAGCCUCUCAAUUACCGACACAAGCUACGUUUAUUGCUGCAGGUCAGCACAUGUAUGCACCUUACUCCUAUGGUCACCAGACACAUAUUCAACAACUACUACCUACUCCAGUUUGUUCCAAUGGACCUGGCACAAACCCUCAGCAUGUCCGAGGUAGUGCAUUACCCCCGUCUGUUAAUCAACAAAGCUAUGUCACUCAUGGUAGUAAUAUGAUGCAUCAGUUAGGACAGAAUGCCACAUUAGGGCAGAUUAUUACAGCUCCUCAGGUGAUUACAGGUCAAAACUCCACAGGUCGCCUUCCAGUUUGUCCUUCGUCUUCCGUCAACUUCACACGCCAACGUUCCAAUGAUUCCCCUUCUUCGGUAACCCACUGUACAUCGUAUCCCGUCCAGCAGUCAACUAUGUCUAUUCCCACCUUCCAGUCACAAGCACUAUACCAGUUCCCUCAACCAAACGGUACGUUCCCUUACUUGGUUUCCAGUCAUCCUCCAAUGGGACUGCAGUUCCUUUCUGGUUUGCCUACUGCUGUUAGUUCUGGUUUGAUGAUGGGAGGUGUUCACGUAUCACAACCUUCUAGUCAGCAAAUAUGCCCAACUCAUACCAUCAUGCAAAUGCAACCUGCGCAUCUACAAAUCCCUGUUGGACAACCAGAUCAGAUUAAUCAAACAACUACACCUCAACAAACCUCCCAAUCUCAGCAAUUAUUCUCUCAACACUUUCAAGAUCAAUCCCACUCCAUCCAAAUCCCUUCAUACGCAAAUCUCCAAGCUCCAUAUCAUCACAAUCUAAUGUUCGCUCCUCAACAGAAUUCCCCUGGGUUUUAUCCCGGGCCAUCUGCAAUGAUAGCGACACCAGGAGUUAAUCAUAUUGCUCCUGGCUUAUCACCCAUUGUUGGCCAACCGAAUCCUCAUCAACUUGGUGCCAGCGUGGCAAAUCAGUCGAAUCAAUCCGACUCUUCUUCAACCGCCUCCCAGCAGUUACAGCAGACUCAUAUUAUGUCUCAACCGAACUGCCAACCACAACAAAUGUUACAACAUUACCCAGCAAUCCCUCAACCUCAUCUGCUACAAACACAGCAACUGUCCGCAGCUCAACAUAUAGCCGGUCACCAUAUCCCCGGCAACCACACCUACCAUGCGCUAAUGGCAGCAAUGGCGGCCGGUGGUGGAGUGGGAGCUACACAAGCUCAUUAG